AUGCUAUUUUUACGCUCGGACACCGGACACCCGGCUGGGGUGGCUGCGGCGUCGGGGCCACACGUCCGUUCACCGGUCGCCCGGGCUGUGCGCGCCAUGGAGCCGCGGUGCCCGCCGCCCUGCGGCUGCUGCGAGCGGCUGGUGCUCAACGUGGCCGGGUUGCGCUUCGAGACCCGCGCGCGCACGCUCGGCCGCUUCCCGGACACGCUGCUGGGGGACCCGGUGCGCCGCAGCCGCUUCUACGACGGCGCGCGCCGCGAGUAUUUCUUCGACCGACACCGGCCCAGCUUCGAUGCGGUGCUUUAUUAUUACCAGUCGGGCGGCCGGCUGAGACGGCCGGCGCACGUGCCCCUCGACGUCUUCCUGGAGGAGGUGUCCUUCUACGGGCUGGGCGCGGCGGCGCUGGCGCGGCUGCGGGAAGACGAGGGCUGUGCGGUGCCGCCCGAGCGGCCGCUGCCCCGCCGCGCCUUUGCGCGCCAGCUCUGGCUGCUCUUCGAAUUUCCCGAGAGCUCGCAGGCCGCGCGCGUGCUCGCAGUGGUCUCCGUGCUCGUCAUCCUGGUCUCCAUCGUGGUCUUUUGCCUCGAGACGCUGCCAGACUUCCGCGACGACCGCGAUGACCCGGGGCUCGCGCCGGUAGCCGCUGCUACUGGCCCGUUCCUUGCUCGACUGAAUGGCUCCAGUCCUGUGCCAGGAGCUCCUCUCCGACAGCCCUUCAACGAUCCAUUCUUUGUGGUGGAGACCCUGUGUAUCUGCUGGUUCUCCUUCGAGCUGCUGGUGCGUCUGGCGGCCUGCCCAAGCAAAGCCGUAUUUUUCAAGAAUGUGAUGAACCUUAUUGACUUUGUGGCCAUCCUGCCUUACUUUGUGGCCCUGGGCACAGAGUUAGCACGGCAGCGGGGUGUUGGCCAGCCAGCUAUGUCCCUGGCCAUCCUAAGGGUCAUCCGAUUGGUACGUGUUUUCCGCAUCUUCAAGCUAUCCAGGCAUUCGAAGGGCCUACAGAUCUUGGGUCAGACACUGCGGGCUUCCAUGCGUGAGCUAGGUCUCCUCAUCUUCUUCCUCUUCAUCGGCGUGGUCCUCUUUUCCAGUGCAGUCUACUUUGCUGAAGUGGACCGGGUGGACACCCAUUUCACCAGCAUCCCGGAGUCCUUUUGGUGGGCAGUGGUCACCAUGACCACUGUCGGCUAUGGGGACAUGGCACCCGUCACUGUGGGUGGCAAGAUCGUGGGCUCUCUGUGUGCCAUUGCUGGCGUGCUCACCAUCUCUCUGCCUGUGCCUGUCAUUGUCUCUAACUUUAGCUACUUUUACCACCGGGAGACAGAGGGUGAAGAGGCAGGGAUGUACAGCCAUGUGGACACACAGCCCUGCGGUACCCUGGAGGGGAAGGCUAAUGGCGGGCUGGUGGACUCGGAGGUGCCUGAACUCCUCCCACCACUCUGGCCUCCUGCUGGAAAACACAUGGUGACUGAGGUGUGA